AUGAACGCUCUAGAUGAACACGAUGAGGAGGCCUCAGAGUUCGUUUCUGCCGCUGAUGCAGUAGACAGCGGCGUCAACGAAGAACGCGUCACCACACAUUAUCUGACCAAGUACGAGAGGGCGAGAGUGUUAGGAGCACGUGCGUUACAAAUAAGUAUGAAUGCGCCGGUUAUGGUCGAACUACAAGGAGAGUCUGAUCCACUACAAAUAGCUAUGAAGGAACUUACAGAAAAGCUCAUCCCGAUUAUAAUCAGGCGAUACCUUCCCGAUGGCAGUUUCGAGGACUGGUCCGUCAACGAUCUUAUCCAGUCCUAGAAAGCUAAUACCCAACAUAAAUCCUAAAAUGGCAUAUUCCGUAAAAGGGACCGCACCCGCCGCAUGCCUUGGUAACGAC